UCACAUGUAUUCCCGGACGGUGGAGGGGGCGGCAUGUAUCGUCAAUUGGAGCCGCAAUGGAAUCCCAUCUUGAUCGUGGCAUCCAUUGCCAUCUCCUUUCUAGGAGCUUUUACCUCGACACAACUCAUGUGCCAUGCAAGGAUGUCAUUACGAUUCCACAGUGUUUUGCUGUGGGUGCUGUUUGGCAGUUUUGUGUUUGGAGGUUGUUCUGUUUGGUGUCUACACAUGGUUGCAAUGUUGGCGUGCGAAUUUGAUGUGAAGAUGGGUAUCAAUACGCCACUCACGGUGUUGAGCGCCUUUCUGCCGGUCUUUUUCACAUUCUGGGCCUUAGGAUGUGAAUUGCUCUGGGAGCGCUGGCAUCACGGCCGAGGGAGGAAGAGACGUAGAGGUAGAAAGACACGGCAGAAGACUACUACGCUGAGUCCUAUGAACAAGAACAGGACCAGCUUUCAGCCAUCUAUGUCGCUUCGUGCAGUGGCGGAGGAGGAGGAAGAUGAAGAGGGUGAUGACGACUACCAGGACGAAGAAAUUGCUCCUGACCAGCCAUUACUAUCCAGACCUCGUCAAUCGCCUGCUCGGAAUCCGGAAAGUCAAAGCUGGAGUGGGCCGAGGACAGACUUCUUCAGAUCUUCGCAAGAUGGACCAGGUGCUUCAUUCGAUCAGAGUCUGCUACCACCAUCUCCAGGAAUUGUCAUAUCCCCCAAGAUACAGCCACGCGACAGCAUACGACCUAUCGUAGAACGAAGUGCCUCUGGGCGUAGUAUACCCAGUCUGAGGAGGGUCACAACGCAGAGUCUUCGUGAUGACACCUCCACUGGAUUCAGGGAUGACGCAUCUACGAUCAGCUCUGGGUCCUUGGGCCAAUCCUCUAGUGAUGGGUCUACUUUACGUCGCGAGUCGUCUUCUGGAUCGAGUACAAGCCAUGGUCUCAGUAGUGCCAUGGGGCUUGCAUAUCGUCGAGCUCCAGCAUCCACAGUAAACGCGUUCGUGGCUACGGCGAAAAUUCUGUACUUCGGCAUGACACCAAGGAAUAUACUUAAAGGAUUUCUAUGGUCGAUCGCGAUCACCAGCAUGCACUACACCGGAAUACAUGGGUUGAAGAUUCCCAAUGGAAAGGUCGUCUUAAACCCCUGGAUUGUCAUAGCAUCUGCUCUCAUAUCCUGGCUAGUGUGUACAGUCGGUUGCAUAUGCAUGGCCGAAAUGGAGGCCAUGCUAUCUCAGCAACUACUCUUCUCAGUUGUCGCGACAACGGGAGUGUCUGCAAUGCACUUUACUGGCAUGAGAGCUGCUACUUUCUGGUCCACAUCCCCGCCAUCAGAGCUCAGAGGGUAUCCACCUAUAAUCGCAGCCGCAGUGGUGCUGAUUGCAUUCACAACAUGCAUUGCGGCCAACGGGUUGCUAGCGCAUAGCGCAACUGUUUCUCGCAAUAAGCUUGCUGAGAUCAUAUGGACGCGUCGAGAGUUGUGGCGAACAAUUGCUCAGAAAGAGAAUGCAGAGGCGGCUGCUUUGGCAAGAAGUGAAUUCAUUGCAGCUGCGAGUCACGAAAUCAGAACACCAUUGCAUCAUCUGCAAGGUUAUAGUGAUUUGCUCUCGCAGACACCGUUGACUGAGGAAGGUCGAGCUCAUCUGGCCGCCAUUCAAAGAGCGACCAAGACACUCUCGUUGAUCACUAACAACGUACUGGAUUGGUCAAAACUGGAGAAGGACGCCAAAGCGGUCUGUAAACCCGUGUCACUGGACAUCCGCACAGUCUGCGAGUCUAUCAUCAUCCUGCUUCCCAACAAGGACGAUGAAGCAGAUGUUGAACUUUGCGUUGUGGUGGCUCCAGAUGUUCCAAUCUCGAUAUUCCUGGAUGAGACGUAUAUCCACCGUAUUCUGAUGAAUUUGCUCUCCAAUGCUUGCAAGUUCACGAGAUCAGGCUACAUCAUACUCUCCAUCGAAGUCAGUGGCGACAGACUGAUAGCAUCAGUCAGAGAUACUGGUAUUGGCCUUGAUCCGACCUUCAUUCCUCAAAUGUUUGAGCCAUACAAACAAGGCGAGCAGAAGGGAAACCAACGAGGUACGGGUCUUGGUCUCAGCAUUAUCAAACAACUUCUGCAAGCCAUGAACGGUACCAUCACCGUGGAGUCGAAGUUUGCGUACUCGCAAGAUGUGGGACCUAAUCAGAGCGGAAGCACAUUCACUGUCACCGUGCCUCUGCAGCCUUCUUCUUUGCCCCCACAACCGUCAGACCAACGAGAUGAAAGGCAUGUAGCAAUACUGUCCGAGUCGGACACCAGAUCUCUUCAAGGCAUAAAAACAGCCUGGGAAAUGUUUGCUCAUGAAGUCACGGUUGCAAGCAACAUAUCUGACCUCCCGGAAAAAGAGUGGAAAUACAUCUGGGCUGAUAUGCCUUUCCUCCUCAAUAACAAAGACCAAUUUCGCCGCCUCAUGAAGCGACAAGAUUGGCUGGUGUUAGUGCCUUACGAUACGCAAAACUCUCUUUCGGGACUUCCUGGCAUCGUAGCAGCGCCCCACGUGGUUCUCCUCCCACGCCCACUAGUCUGGCACUCCUUCGCCACUCGUGUCGACGCCGCGAACCGCCGCAGCCGCAGUGCCGCCGUCUCACGCACCUUGCGCUUUGCUCCUACGGUAGAAGUCAUGCAAGACAUUCCAACCUCUUCUCUAGUCCACUCCUCCUCUGAACAAGAAACACGCCAACACCAGCAAAACCAACAAAAAGCUCCCUCCUUCAGCGUUGAAGGCGAACAACAGCAAAAAGCAGGUUCUCCAGUGCAAGCACAACCACAGACUGUGUUGCUGGUAGAAGACAACAUCAUCAACGCAAAACUCUUCCAGAAAAUGCUGGUCUCACUGGGGCAUAAAGUCAUUCUUGCCCCUGAUGGCGAAGCAGCCGUGACUCAAACACUGACACACGAUACUGCUAUUGAUAUGAUCUUCAUGGAUCAAUCCAUGCCCAAANAAGACGGCAUAACCGCCACCUCCGAGAUUCGCGCAUUGGAGACGUCGGGAAAGUUGCAACGAAAACACAUCAUUGUUGCAUUGACCGCUGUCGUGAACACAGAGUCCAGGGCUAAAUUCAAGGAGGCAGGAGCUGAUGACUUCUUGGCCAAGCCAUUGAGUUUGGGUGGGUUGAAGGAUGCGUUGGCUGUGCAUUUGGGGUGUUAG